AUUGGUUCAAAGAUUCAACCAAUGAAAUUGAUGCGGAGGCGGGACCAAGACGUGGAGGGAAACAAUUGUACAGAUACGUUAUAGACUUAGUGGGACAGAUUGCGUUUGUCGUAAGCUCAUCCUUGCAUGAGUUGAAAGGCCAUUUUUUGGAAAUAUGAAUGUCUUACAAAUCAUGAAGUCUGGAAGGCUGCAUGGAAGCCGUACCGAUAUUGGAAGGGUUGGACCCUAUCCAGUUUAUGUGGAAAGCUUUGAAUCCCUAGUGGAAGACAACAGAGUAUCUGAUGAGAUCAUGGAUGCAUUGUUCCAUCUAUUCACCAUGAAGCGACCAGAUGUUGUAGCAAUCAACACGCACACUUUGAAUCAGAUAUUAGAUGGUGAAACAAGGGCAAGGAGUCAUUAUUUUAUCAAGAGGAACAUCUUUGAUAACAAAAAGGAGAUUGUUGGUCCCUAUUUGGAGGGUGGGAAUCACUGGACUUUUUUUCACUGCAAUCUGGUGGAUCGUACUUUAAUGUAUCUAAAUUCACUUGGGGAGCAGGAUGAGCAAUAUAAUAAAAUAGCAGAAAACUGGAGCACAUUUGCUGCAUCAAAAGGCUUCCAGGGGCCAUGGAAAAUGACCAAGAGGAGCCAUGCCCUUCAGAAUGACAGUGUUUCCUGUGGUGUUUUCACAGCUGUGUUUGCUGAGGCCUUUCUAGGAGGUGCAGAGGGGUAUCUUGCAUGUUCAUCUGUACAGCAAGAGAGGGAGCGACUGGGAUUGUUUCUCUUCAGUUCACUUGAUAAGUCAGGUGUUUGUGGUAUCUGUCACAAGACCGUGUCGAAGAAGAGCAAGGCAAGUGAUGCAAAUUACACUUUAAAUAUUUAGGAUUCUGACCUUAACAGAUGAUUCUCCAAUUCCAGUUCUGUGGUCUUUUGAUGCAGUACGCCAUAUUGAAAUGGCUGAUUGAUUAGGGAGUAAAAUAAAUAAAAUUCUAAAUGGAACUUACAGAGACCUGGAAGGGACAUGGUGGUGGGGAAAAUAUA